AUGAUUCCUGAGGGAAAUUGGCCAACCUCGGAAGAAGUAGCUGAUUCUGUCGUUUUCCUACUCAGUGAAAAGGCUGUGAACAUCUACGGGACAUGUCUACGGCUUGAUGGCGGAUUGGCACAAGCUGGCUUAUGGACGAUUGCUCCGAACACGUACCAAUGGGCUUCAUGGAGCAGCUGGUCUAAUUGUGAAAACGAAGCUUCGGGUAUAACUCCGUGUUACGGAAGGAAGAACCGGACUCGGUUCUGCUUUUGGGAUUCCAACUAUGUCGCCCCGAAUCAAACGUGUGUGGGUGAUUGUGUCGACAUAUUCAGUCCAAAUUGUUCAUGCACGCCUUUUGAUGAAUUUGCUGUUCAAGACGAUGCUUUGUGUAUUGAUGGCGGAUCUUCCGUUGGCGAGAAAGAAGUCUCCUGCCCUUUGCCGGUUGACGGUGGCUGGUCAGACUGGACCAACACCUCGUGCAGUGUCACGUGCGGUAGUGGUAGCUACCAGACGGUUCGUGACUGUGACAAGCCCAGCCCGUGCAAUGGAGGACUGGCCUGUGCCGGGAAUAGUUCGUUUACGUUUCCUUGUCAACAAGUGCUCAUUGACGGUGAUUGGUCAGAAUGGGGUAACUAUUCAAGGUGUUCAGUAUCCAUCGGAACAGGAACCAAGAUAAGAGAGAGGGCGUGUGACCAUCCGCCGACCUGUGGUGGAGCGUACUGUACAGGGGAGAGCAACCAAACCAUGGAGUGUGAAGUGUUACCAACCUGUUUCAGCAACAAUGUAUUAGAUCCCCUGUACUCUUCCAUGGACACUCCGAUGUCGAUCUACAUAGGCGCAAAUAUCGACAUCUACUCAAUAGUACAAAUAUACAGGGAUGGAGUUUGUGAAGACAUCCAUAUCCAUCCACGCUAUGAAUGGAACGUGUACAACAUUGAUCUAAUAUCCGGCAAUGUGACGCAUAUUCUCCAUGUCGGAGAACCCAAUAUUCCCUUCGAUGCCUCGGAAUUAGGAUUAUAUAAAGUAGUUCUGAGAGUGUACUACAAUCGUCAUUCACCGAUCUGGCUUGAAGACGAAAUGUACAUCAGUGUGUCCUAUCCUCCACCUAACGCGGCCAUUGUUGGCGGGUCUGUACGUAUGCUUGGCGUGGGUGUUAACGUUAUAGAUGGACUCACCCUGUCUUACGACAUGAGUAAAGGCCCAGGAUAUACAGCUACACUUCAACUCGACUGGGUAUGUACACUGAUCGCCAUAGGUUCGAUUUACGACACACUAAAUGUCGACAUCAAUGAAGAAAUCCUAUUCCCAGAUGAGAUAUCGCAACAGCCCUGGCUGAACCAUAGUUUUGUCUUAAACCGAAUUGAUGACCUGGUUCUUGCUGUAGACAACUUGAUGUUCAUAACCUACUUCAAUACUAACCCUCCCAAAGAGGAUUUCUGCAACAUGACAGCUAACGGAAAUUUCACGGAUGAGUUCAUACAGUUUGACAGUCAGGUGAUAAGGUUUGAUGACAUGUACGCUGAUUUGAUCAACUUGAUUGAAAUCAUCAAUGAGAAAGUGAACUAUUUCAACGACUUUAUUACAUUCACUGAUUACGCUGUAUCGUCUUCAUCGUUGCCGACAAUCAAGACUGAGGUUCAGAGCUGGGUCAACACAGUCCAGAAUGAAUUGACACAUUUGACAAGUUUAAGAUUCAUCAUCAAUACAGUAAAGACAUAUAUUCCUGAAAGCGAUGGAGGAAAUUACUCUAAGAUUUGUGAAAAACCUCGCUCAUCAUACACUGCAUUUAUUGGCCAUCUUGUUGAUGCUCCUGUGCAAAUCGAAGCUCUGUCCCUCACAGACUGGAAUGCGCUGGCCCUUGAAGAGGAGCUGCUUAGGAACACCACUGCAACCUAUCUUCAACAACAGUCUUGUUCUAACUUCAGGGAAACAUCUAAUGGAUAUGCGAGACUUGAAAUCAGUGACUCGGACGUUUCAGACUCCCUAGGAUUCAUCAUAUCCUUGAGAGUCAGUGCUAAUCAAUCUUUCAGCUACUUUCAGCAACGAAUUCAGUCUGUUCCAGGUAAUCCACCAGCUAUUGACAUCAGCUGCCGUCUAAAUUGCUUACCAAAGACUGCAAGCAGCUCCAUAUUAUCACUAAGAGCUGAAUGUUCCUCUUGUACCUACGCUGAGCUGGCCACCAUCAGUUACUCUUGGAAUGUUUCUCGGUUUAACACUGCAACCAAAGCUAGAACUGAACUCCCUGACUGGCAAUCCAGGCUGGAGAGCGAAUUUAACUCUCCUGCAUUUGUGCUCAAUCCACAAACGCUAUCAGCCGACAGUAGUUACAUUAUCGAGCUGAACAUUACUCUGUACGAGAACUCUUCAAGCCUGACCCUUCUUAUCAUUAACACAAACAUACCACCCUAUGGAGGAAAGAAUGAAAUUCACCCAGGCCAUGGUAGAGCUGGAGUAACACAGUUUACUAUCAAAUUUUCCGGCUGGAAAGAUGAAGGCUAUAGAAAAACUCGGAAUCCAGACAUUGACUGGAAGGAAUCAAUCUUCUACAGAGUUCUUACCAGAAAAGGUUCAGAAGUUCCUACUCUUCUCUAUCACGGUGUUGAACGGAAAGUUAGUGUUUACCUGCCAGAGGGAAAUUCAACCAAUCUUUAUCAACUUGAGAUCCUUCUGAGAAUCUACGACAUCUUUGGAGACUUUUCGGAAUUUACUUCCAUUGUUACGAGUUCUGCGCCCAUUAGCAAUGUGACCGUGAGUGCGGUGACAUCAUACGUUGAUACCGUGGAUGGUAACAUAGAUUCGGCCAUCGGGUCAGGAAAUCUGAAGCUGGUCACCAUGUCUGUAGAAAAUGCAGCCUCCACCAUCAACACCUUGGAUUUUCCGGAAUCCAGUGUGCCAGAGGAUAUGGGCAGUCUUGUGGUCCUGCCAACAUCUGUGGAAAAUAGCACAAGUUACAAUUGGGACGUGCUGUGGGCUGACUACAUCAACCCUCCUUUCAACUCGGCCCAAGAAAACUUGUCUGUUGUCACAGAACAGUACUCCUCAAUAUUACACAGUACUUCUUUAGCAGAACAAGGGGCUGGCAUGGUCACCGUCAAACACCUGGCACAAGGCGUUGGCUCUGUCAUCAAUGAUCCGACACUUAUCGAUGAAGAAGUUGUGAAUACAGCAGUGACCACCAAUGAACUCAUACUAACAAUGUUUCAAAACACCACUGUUGGAGAUAAGUAUCCACUCUUUGCUGACUACGAAACAACAUCCGAGUCAAUUUUGCGUGUAGCAGACAACGCUUUGAACAGCAUCAUCACGACUAGGACCCCUAACAACCCGAUCAGUACAGACUUGUAUGACAUUCAACAGACUAUAGUUGCCAACAACGACUUCAUUGACUCUAACCAGGACACUGAACCAGGGGACAUGUCUACAAUGGAACGGGCUUUCCUGGCGUCUCAAAUCUCCAAGUCACAGGCACUCAAGAAAAAUGAAACUGAUGAAAAGGCCCAAAAAUUUGUACCGGAUAUCAUUGAUUCGUUGUCAUCACUGGGAAAGGUGUUAAAAGGGAUGGUUCAUAUGAAACAGCUUCCGGUGUUGAUCAACAGACCUGGGUUAAGUACCAGCAUGAGUGCCAUGACGUUACCGGAAUUGAUGGCGAAUCCUAUAGAGAGAAACAAUAUCACCAUGGAGUUCUCACAAUCUCAGGACCAGAGUGUGGACACCAAGGACAUUCAGAUCACCGUAUUUGACAAGAAUCCAUUCACUUGGGAUCCUGAGGCGCAGUAUAUUACCUCGAAUGUACUGUCAGUAUCAAUCAAGGAUAAUGCGGAGGAAGAGGUCAACGUAUCGGUCAAGGUCAGAUUUCCAAACAUCGGGGACAACAAUCCAAAAUCUGUUUAUCUAGCUUUCCCAGCAGACACAAACGAAGCUUCAUCCCAAUUUUUCAGCUACAAAUUCUUCUGGCAGUUUCCAGCAGACGACAUGGCGUUAAGGUUGGAGGGUGUUACACACGGUAUGAAGUUUGUUGUAUAUUUGAAAGGCGGAAGUGGUGCUACACGCUCUGCGUAUGACUGGCGGUAUGAAGUGCCGGACAGUGACUUGAAUGACAAUUUUUUCGUGGUUGUUGUUCCCGGAGGCUUAUUUCAGCAGCAGACAACAGUGUACUUCACGGUCACUGUGGACUCGGUUCCUGAUGACAGUGUAUCAAGGAAACGUCGCAGCAUUGAUAACACCACUGCAUCAUCCAACAGCACAAUUCCAGCGACGCGUGUGUUGACAUACGACAUGGUGGUGUGGACGGCCGGGUGUCGGGUGUGGAACACUGCAGAGGCUAAGUGGGACAAAACAUCAUGUCAGAUGUCGGCUGAGUCGACAGCCCUGGAGACUGUGUGUAUCUGUGAGGACCCGCCCGGACAGCACUUCGCUACAUCAUUUUAUGUCCCGCCAAACUCGAUCGACUUUGAUUCUGUGUUUGGAAAGUUUGAUAUCGUCAGUAAUGGUGCCGUUCUUGGCACAGUGGUUGGGGUCAUCAUUUUAUAUGUGGCGGUGGCAGUCUGGGCAUGGCGACGGGAUCGACGUGACCAUGAAAUGUGGGCGUUAUCAUAUAUGUCAGAUAACCAGAUUGACGAUGAUUACAUUUACCUUGUCACUGUUCACACCGGACUGGCGCGGAACGCCGGGACUUCGUCACGUGUUUAUAUGGCUGUCACCAGUAAUCGUCGGAGUUCUGGCAUCCGUGCACUGGAAGACGGCACCAACAAUGGAUUUGGUACUGGAAGUGUGCGGAAGUUUGUCAUGUGUAUGCCGAAACGACUGGGCAGCCUCAUUUGUCUGGACAUCUGGCAUGAUAAUAGUGGAAAAGGCAAUGCUGCCUCCUGGCUCCUCAGCAAAGUCGAGAUCAUGGAUCUGCAGUCAAUGGAAAGGUUUACUUUUGUUUGUAACCGAUGGCUGUCUCUAGAUGAAGAGGAUGGAUCGACACAGUGUGCACUGCCAGUAUCUGACAAAGAAGACCUCGACUCAUUCGGGUAUCACUUUAGGGACAACUCUAGACAUUCCACAACUGAUGGUCACCUGUGGCUCUCUAUCUUCAUCCGUCCAGAGGACAGCAACUUCACCCGAGUACAGCGUCUCUCCUGCUGCUUAGCCUUGCUUUUCUUGGCUAUGAUUGCCAGCGCAAUGUUCUACAAAACUGACAGCGGGCAGAAUCAAGUCGCCUUCGGACCGUUAAAAUUUUCGUUGACAAGUCUGUACAUUUCUUUUAUGAGCAUAGUCAUCAGUGCUAUACCUGUAUUUCUGAUAUCGAUAUUGUUUCAGAAAUCGAAGAAAAAAUCAAUUAUUGAAGAAAUGGACAAAAAAACUAUUACGAAGUUUGCGAACUUACCUGACAUCGCUCAAGUUGACGAAUAUUCUCGACGUAAAAGCAUCGGCGAUGAGAAGGUCUUCAUGCUGCCUUACUGGUGUGUGUAUGUGGCCUGGGGUUUGGCCGUCUGCUCGGUGCUGAUGUCUGGUUUCUUUGUAAUGUUGUACAGUAUGGAAUGGGGGAAAACCAAGUCGGAGGAAUGGCUGCUGUGUUUCCUAUUGUCGUUUGUAGAAUCCAUCUUAAUCACUGAUCCCAUCAAGGUUAUUACCGUUGCUUUCCUCAUAUCCUAUUUCUUCCGAAAACAAUCUGUGAACAGCAAAGCGGAGCUAGACAUCCAGAACGUUUUGGAGGAAGCCAAAAAGCGUGCCGCAGUUCCCAAGGAUAAUACAAGCAGUGUGAAAGUGGAAUAUCCAACAUCACAGCUCGGGCGGGAGUGUGUGGAGAAAAUGAAGGAACAGCGACAGAAGGAGCUGAAGGCCAAGAUGGUGUUCCUGGAACUGUUCUGCUACGUACUGUUCAUCUCCGUCCUCUACCUGAUCAGCUACAGCAACCGCGACAGUCGGUCCUACCAGUUCAGGUCCCACCUUGAGAACCAUCUGCUCAAAAGUCCCAAGAGCAAUUCAUCCUCGGAUACGCUACGGUUCAGCAAUAUUGUUAAAACAGAAGAUUUUUAUACAUGGAUGGAAGACACACUUCUGCCUUUCGUGUUCCCAACUUUAUCCUACAGUGGUACUAAGCUCACGCUUAGCGAGAAGAGUAAUCUCCGUGACAACCAGAACUACAGAAUUGGCCCUCUACGACUCAGACAACUCCGUGUUAAUGCUGGUCGCUGUCCUUUCCCGCUGAUGGGUUACCAAACGUGUUAUAAAGGCUACGAGAUUGCAGAUGAGGACGACCAGGACUACUGUAUUGGAUGGACAGACGGACCAUGCCCCACUAACGAAAUCCUGCGACUUAGCAGCUCAGCUUGGAAGUUCACCUCUGCUACUGACCUGUGGGGUGUUCCCCUGCUGGGUGACUAUAGCCUCUAUGGUGGAGGGGGCUAUGUGGCCGACAUGGGUGUCAAUUAUGAUGUUUCAUUUCAGACCUUGCAAGAACUGAAAACCAAUUUUUGGCUUGAUCGCAGGACACGUGGAGUGAUGGUGGAAUUCACUCUCUAUAAUAGCAACAUCAACCUGUUUGCCUAUUUGUCACUCCUAGUCGAGUUCCCAGACACCGGCGGUACCAGCCAGUAUAACUUCGUCCAAAUCUUCAGGGCUUAUCAGCACCACGGCAGUUUGGGAACAUUCAUCUUCCUGUGCGAGAUUCUCUUUGUGAUCAGCAUAGUCAUCUGCUUUGUCAAAAUGGUUCGAUCUCUCAUGAAACAGAAGCUUAAAGUAUUUGAAGAUCGUUGGCAGAUUCUGAAUUGGAUCUGUCUGGGGUUGACGGUCGUUGCCAUUGCAAUGUACUGUGCACGAUGGAUCUUUACAAGUCUGACACUGGAUGCUUUCACGAAAAAUAAGUACAAGUUUGUAAACUUCAGUCACAUUGCUGUGUGGGACGAAAUUCUUGCAGCUUUUAUAUCCGUCAUGGUUUUCCUGUGUACAGUUCGUAUGAUGCAGAUCCUGAACUACAGUAACAGGAUAACACAACUUGCUGCAGUACUGAAUCACUGCUCCAAGGAUCUGUUCGCCUGUGCCGUCAUGUUCGGAAUUGUAUUUUUCGCGUAUGUAUCGGUCGGUUACCUUCUCUUUGGGCGUGUUUUGUCUACGUAUAGAAACAUCCUUAUUUCGAUGACAACAAUAACUAACGCUUUGAUUGGCCGGAAUAGCAUUACAAAUUUGAUAGAAGUUACGCCUGUGUUUGCACAGUUUUAUUACGUCACUUUCGUGUUUUUUGUCAUGUGGGUUCUCAUGACGAUGAUCAACGCCACUCUAAACAAGAGCAUAUCUAUCAUACGGCAGCAACAAUGCCAGGAUGCUGUGCCAUUCGGCAUACAUGAUCUGGCCAUGGUUAUGCUGAAGGAAUUCACAGCUGUGAUUAAGUCGAACCAUUCCACAAAGAACGCUGUUAAUGAAAAUGAAUUGUCUAACGACACCAACCCAUCGGCAACAACUGAACAACACGUAAACAGCCCUUUCACUGAGGAGCUUCUGGAGUAUGACCUAGAUAUUGAAAACAAACAUGAUGAGGACCCAGAACAUGGCAAUGACUCUAUUGUAUUUUGUUCAGAUUCACCACAAAAUACAGCAGUGUGAUAACCAGAAUAAACAAUUUCUGAACUACUUUGGGAGUUUUCAGUUAUUGUUUUAAACAACCAUAUUACAUUUAUGAAUUUCUGUGAUGUAAUCAGUUUUUUUGAAUCUGUACAUGCAUGUAAAAUAAAGCAUUUCA